AUGACUGAAACCGACAAACUGACUCCUCUGGUCAUCGGAAAAAGCCAGACGCCGAGUUGCUUCCGAGCUAAGUGUGUUCCGUUACCCUGGGAGAACAACAAGACAGCCUGGAUGACGGCCGCCAUCUUCAAGGACUGGGUGCGGAACGUCGACGAAGAGAUGGGAAAGAGGUGGAAGAAGAUCUUGCCUCUCCUGGACAACUGUACGGUUCAUCCUCAUGACGUCCCCCUGAGCAACAUCCGCCUGAUGUUCCUACCUGCCCACAACACGCCACUGAUCCAGCCGCUAGAUCAGGGCAUUAUUCAGAACUUUAAAGCCCUUUAUGUGCAACAAAAGAAGACAGAUCUUGCGGAUAUUUCUCUGUUCUGA